AAUCAUGCACCGCGCGCGCCGCCAGAGGAGGCUGCGCGUGCGCACUCCUUUUCCGCGCGUGUGUGUUUUUGUCCGCCCUGACCGUGUCCCUCCAGGGAGGAGGCCGCCAUUUUGUCCCCCCAUCGCUUUCCAGAAGGCCGCUGCGAUGCCCGAAGAGCCGGACCAGGAUGUGUACCCCGUGCCGCCGAGCCGGACUCCGGCGCCUAACCCUCAGACGUCGAUCCCCAACCCGGUCGCCCUCAUGGAGAGAAUCUUUCACUACGCGGUCGACACGCCGGUCACCGCCUGGAGGGAAUGGAUAGAGCGGCAGCAUGCAAAGCACAAGCUUUACUUCUAUCACCGAAAUUUCCGCCGCGUGCCGGACUACACGGAGUGCUUGGAGGAUGACUACAUGUGCUUCUAUGAAGCAGAGAUGCAGUGGAGAAGAGAUAUUAAAGUUGAUAAAACAAUUGUGAGCAUCAUCCAGCAGAGAUUAGGCGCUUGCAGGGUGCAGGAAGGUGCCAACCACAAGCAGAACUGCGCAGGGUUGCUAAAGCAGUUCACAGAGGUGGCCAAGGCCUAUCAGGACAGAUAUGGAGAUAUUGGCGCCCAGGGCACCGCUCGUGAGUGUUUAAUGAAGCAGAAGCAUCGGAUGAUCGCAGAGAGGAAGGCAGCUAAGGCUGCCAAGGCACAAGAGUAAGCGCUGUCUGCAGCGCUUCAACUGGAAUGAGCUCCAGAUUAUUGAACGUAUGUGGACUAUCCAUUGUAGAUGGUAAAGCAAAACUAUGCCUGUGCUGUUCUCUUAAACUACUGUAAAAUGUGCAGGGCAGACUCAAAAUGCAGCUUGUGGUGAAAAAAACAAUAAAGCUACAAAUGCUGUGA